AUGUCCUCUGUGGGACGAGUGACGCGGGUCCCCAAUGGGAAAGUUUACCAGCAGAUCUUCGAGGCGGAGGUACAGCUGGUCCGGUCACUGGCGGCCAGUAGGAAGCAGGCUGUGGAACAUUCUGUGGCCCCAAAGAGCGGCCAGAAGCCCUGGAUGAAGAAGGUGGAUGUGCUUGAAGGAGAGAUGCUGUCUCCCCGGCAGCGCAAGUGGAUGAACAGUCUGCCCAAUGAUGGGGCGACAGAGAACCCCGUGCUCUACAGGGAAAAGAAUAUAGCCCAGAUGGAAAAGCUCCGAGAGAGCGAGAGCACCAUUGCUGCCCGGGAAGUGCGGGGCCUGGGGGACACUCUGGUUCCCGAGAAGAUCGGCCCCAUCAGCCUGCCAGGGAGAGGAGACCACAAGAGGGACAACUACGAGAGGGCGCUGGCGAACUUUCACGAGGAGAUCCAGCAGAUUGGAGCGGAAAUGGAACCCCUGGUUGUGGAUUCAGGAACCCUUCUUUUGCAAAAGCUGGCUGGGUGUGACGAAAACGCUGACCAUCUCUUCCGAGAGGUGGAAACGAACUCCCAGCUCCAGGACUACACCAUUCAAAGCCUGUGGGAGCUGUGGGGCAAGGUGGCCGAGAUGUCCCUGCUCCGUCAGCAGUGGGUCAAGGAGCUGGAGGAGAGCCUGCACUCGCUGGAGUUCUCCCGAACGGAGAGACUUAAAGAGGUGUUGAAGAAGUAUGUGGAGAUCAUUGAGAAAACGUCUUAUCUUAUGCAGCCUGAUGUGUACAGACUGAUAAACAAAGAAGCCAUGAUUAUCAACCAGGCGUUGCUGGGCAACCGGAGGGCCAUCGCCCAACUCUCCCUCAACCUGAUGGAGGCCGCGCUGAAGCAGGAGGCCAGCAGCCACCGCCGCUGGCAUGACCUGCUGGAUACCUGGAAAGCACACAAGAAGGACAUGCUGGUGCAGAGCUUCAGUGAGUUCAUGGCCAGUAAGAGGAUCCAGUCUCCUCCGGCCGUGAAGAAGGAAAUGGAGGCCAUGCUGAAAACCCAGAAGAGCCUGCAGUGGGUACGGCUGCAGCACCUCUACACAUGCAGGGAGCUUCUGCCCCCCGUUUACUCCCAAGCCCGGCUGAACGAAUGGUACUCUUCCCUCGUUGCCAUGAAUAAGCAGCUGGACACCUACCACCAGGACUGCGUGCUACGCAUCCGCCUGCAGUAUGAGAACACCUGGCAGGAGUGCCUGGCCCAGGUGCAGAAGUGCAAGAAUCAGCUGCUGGACUGGAAAGCCUUCACUGAGGAGGAGGCAGCCGACCUGGUGAGCCCGUCCUUCUACCACAUGGUGGGCGUGCUUCAGAGCAAGGUGGAGGAGGAGCUGGAGUUCAUGGACGCAUCCUUCGAGAGCCUGGGGAAGCAGACGGAGAGGCAGAGUCUGGACCUCUUCCACUACUUCCAGGAGGCUGUGCAGCUGUGGGAGGUCCACCAGAGCGAGGUGUCGGGGCAGGAGCUGGAGCUGGAGAAACGAGUGGAGCAGCACCGGCAGAAGCAGAACCAGGAGAACCAGGCCCAGGAGGCCUGCCUGGACAAGCUGUUGGACCAGCUGAGGCAGCAGAGCCUGGAGCAGACCCUGAAGUUACAUCUAGAAAGGGCCAGGGACAUUCUGAAGAACAUGGAGGCAAAGUAUGAAAGUUCCCACGCCGUGCUGAGGAAGGAAGUGAUGGCGUACCCGGAGAUCAUGCUGAAAGAACUCCAUUCCUACAGCUGCAGCCUCAGCCGCCACUUCUACGUUCGAGAAGUCUUUGGGCAGAGCCUGGAUGGGAACAUCUUCUUCAGACACCGGGAGCCAGAGGUGCAUGAACAGCUCUUCCAAGGGAGCCAGCGGAGGCUGCAGGGAGGACUGCAGGCGGCCUUUGGCGAGAGUGCCAGCAGAGAGACCAGUCCCUCCCAGAGCAGGGACGAGGCGGAAGGCAUGCAGGACAGCGGGGAAAGCCCGGAAAGCCAGCCCUUUACAAACGAAGAGUGGCUUCGCCCGCCAGGAGCACCCAAGAGGGAUGAGUCCCCGGAGGAUGAGGACCCUGGCCAAGGGCCGGAGGAGGCACCGAAAGAGGAGGAAGAGGAGAGAACCUCUGUGGAGGAGGCCAAGUGCAAGGAAGAGAUGCUGGGGGAAACCCCCACGGAGGACAUGGAGAGCUUCACAACUUCCAGCGGGAACACGUACUUUGUCUUCUUCCCCCUGGAAGAAGAGGAGUGUUUCUGGAGGCCUCAUUCCUACCCCUCGGCCAUGUUCAGCGAGGACCUUGGUGACACCAGGUUCCUGGAGCACGUCGUCCUUCCAUCCAGUCUGCUUGCAGAAAUGAAGAAGCAGCUCCGGACUGGCUUUUUCGAGCACCUCGAGAAAUGGUUUGACCAGUGUGCCAUCAACAUCCAGGUCAUCCUGACCACCAAGCUGGAGGAGCUGGAGCUGGAGCUGAAGCUGCGUCUGCACCUGCUCCAGCCCCGAGCCCGGUACAUCGAAGGCGACAUCCACAACUUCCGGGCAGCCGAGCUCCUGCUGCACCAGGGGCGGGUGGACAGACACUGUGCCGGCGUGGUGGAGACGCUGAAGAAGGAGAGGCUGAUGUUCCGCCAGUUCCAAGAAGAGCAAGACCUGAGGAGCAAGAACUUCCGCCGCAAGAUCUUCGACAUGGAGCACACCUUCCUGAACGCCUCCCGGAGCCACAAGCUGGUGCUCCUGAGCAACGCGCUGCACAGGGAGCUGCUGAGCUACGUGGACGUCAUCCAGGUGUCCCUGCGCAGCUUCAGGCAGUACUUGGAGGAGAGUCUGGGCAAGCUGCGCUUCACCAACAUCGAGUUCGUCAGAAACUGCAGGUUAUUUUCAGAGGGCGGUAACUUUUCUGCUGAAGAAAUCGACUCCCUGUGUAGCCGACUAGAGAAGGAGGCUUCGCGCAUCGAGUUUGUCGAAAGCCUCAUCAUGGUGAACAUGGAGAAGAUGGAGAGCGAGUACCUGGACCAGGCCAAUGAAAUCAUCAAUAAGUUUGAAAGUAAAUUCCAUAAUCUCUCUGUGGACCUCAUUUUCAUAGAGAAAAUCCAGCGGUUGCUGACAAGGCUGCAAGUGAACAUCAAGUGUGAGGUGGCAAAGUCCAAUUUGCAAGCAGAUGAAUUAAAUUCUUCUCUGGAGCAACUCGAAAGCAAGAUAGAAACCUGCCGCCACUCGAGAGAGAGAGAUAUGGUGACCACAGAGAACAUUCUCAGCUUUGUCCAAACGUGGAUCACAAAAGUGAACCAGAGGAUGCAGUACCUCAACUGCAGCCUGGAAGUGGUGACCGUGUCUCAAGUGGCCUUUACCGACAACAUCAUUGCCGUUGACUCAGAGAUGGACAGUGACCUCCUGGUGGCAUCGGAUAUCCUUGAAGACGAGACCAGGAUGGACAUCGUCUCCCCAGAGUCCUUUGCCCAGCCGAUCCGCCUGGGGAAGUCCAUGAUCGAGGACCCAGUGGUGGAGGUGAUCAAGAGGAUCCUGCAGGUUCCCAGCACCAGAUGCUCCAGCCACUCACACGAGAAGGCCCAGAUGCAGAUGGGUAAAGGUUCACAGCCUGGUUGGUCUCUGGGCGUGCCCCCGGGGGUUGAGGGUGGGGUGAUGACUCGGGCAGGGCCAGCCUCACCUCCUGUCCUCUGCUCUUGUCCUGGGCACUCAUCGCCCAAAGGCUUCAAGAAACCUGUGCGUCGGGGGGAGAGCCCCAAGAAGGCCGUGUCCGUUGGCAGUGCCACCUCGAUUGGGAGCAUCAGCCGGUACUCCAAGCACACCCGAGUAGAAAGGAAGUACCAGGUCUUUGGGGAGAAGCCGCCCUCGUUGUCUGAGCAUUUUAAAGGCAUCAUCCUGGCCCUCCUCUGGGACAGCAACGAGCUGCUGCUGUCCGUCAUCGAGGAAUUUUUCCGGAAAGAGAGGCGCCCCAUCACCAGGCCUGACUGCAUGUUUGAAACCUUGGACCAGUGCUCAGAGAGCACCUGCAAGAAGAUGCUGGAGUACCAGAGCCAGACGGACGAGUACCACAACUCCUGCCUCAUCGAACUGCGGGGUCAGCUCAAGAGAUUUGAGGAGCUGCUGCCCCAGGUGUGUUGGCUGGUGACCGAGACUUUCCAGGAGCACUUUUGGAAAAAGUUUUCCACCUCCAUCGAUGAAACUUACGGGCAGUUCCAGGAGCAGCUGAAAAGGUUGCAGAAAGCAAAGGAUGAAAACAUGCAGAAGCUCCAUCCAACCCUCGGGCACCCGGCAAAACUCCGAGAGAUGGAGUCUCUGUGCCAACUGGAGGAGGAGAGGCAGGAAGAGGAGAGCAGCCUGCUCGGGACCAGCAGAGAGAAGCUGGAGGAAUUAGCCAACAAGUGUGGCCGCCUCUUCAUCUCCAGCUUGGCCAGCUUCACGGAGAAGUUACUGCUGCAGUUGGAUGAAGUGGUCACCAUCGACGAUAUCCAGAUACCCAAGAUGGAGCCUCCCAAACAAAAAGCAUCCAUCCUCCUCCGCCGGAAGCUCGCUGGCCUCCCCCUGGAGAUAGAGCGGGAGAAGCCCCUGAUUGAACGGGGCAACAGGAAGUGGCCGGGAAUCAAACCCACUGAGUUCACCAUCCAGAGCAAGAUUCUUCUCCGGAAAACGGCACCCAUAAACACCACCAAAGCCACCCUGGGCCACCUGGCGGCCGUGGAAGCUCGAGAUGCCGUUUACCUGAAAUACGUGGCCUCCUUUGAGGAGGAGACGAAGAGGAUGCAGAGGGACUGCACGCUGCAGCUGAAGGAGGCCCAGUGCUGGAAGGACAACUGGAAGCGCUCGGUGUGCACCAUCCAGAGCCUGUACCUGUGACGCCUCAGCCCCAAAUAAAGACCCGCUUUGCCUGCACUCCCGCUUCCCGGCUGUCAUCCGGGCGAGCC